CAGCACCAUGUUCAACUCGACAACAAUAACAAAGAGCGAUCCAGAAUCAAUGACAAUAAGCAAGCUGACCCAGCGCAAGCCCUCGCGUCGGUCGCACCAGAAGUCGCGAUUAGGCUGCAGCACCUGCAAACGACGACACAUUAAGGUUUUUCCGCGGCCUUCCGAUCCCGGAUUCUCCAUUCCAUUCUAGUGAGUGAUUUUAUGCUAACGACUGAUUCAGUGUGAUGAAUUGUGGCCACAAUGUUCCAAUUGCAUGAACCACUCUGUCAUUUGCGAUUACUCUCUCUCAACGGACCCAAGCCGACCACCGCCAUCUGCAAGACCCGUUCAAUCUGAACUAUCGGGGAGAUCGGAGCGUCUUUCCAACUGGAUCUUUGUCCCAUCGGAGUAUCAGGCCACAUUGAAACGCCCAAGUCCCGACUCUAUUUCCAGUUCGAUGACCUUGAGUUUAACUGGCACUCAAUCCCCUCCUCCAUCAUCAUCCACUCCCCUAUCUGCCUCUCUACUCUCUUCCAAGCCCAGUUCCACUCCUACAACAUUUGAUUUCCAGGACUUCACCCUCCACCACCACUAUCUUACCUCAACCUGCUACACUCUCGCCGAGGAUGACGGCAGUCUCCACUUCUGGCGUGAUGAAGCCCCUAAAUUGGCAAUCACGCAUCCCUUCAUUCUGCAUCUCAUCCUCGCGCUAGCUGGUCUACACAGAGCCAGAAAUACCUCCCACAGCACACUUCCUGAUCCAAAGGGAAAUGGGUCCUGGCUCCUGGAUAGAGCAGAUAUGCAUCUCGCAGUAGGGUUACGUGGGAUCGCAUCCCUCGUCGGGGAUAUAAACCCCGGAAAUAUCCGUCCUGCGUGGGUGGGCGCUAUGAUUCUAUGUUUUUUGCCUCUGGCGCGGGGUCCCCGACCGGGGGAAUAUUUGUUCUUCACCAUUGGUGAUCAUCAUGAAAACAUGGCGGAGUGGCCUUCUUUGGUGAGAGGUGUGAGGACGCUUUGUGGGAUAUCGAAGGAUCUCAAGUCUUGGGUAGGGAACGGUGGUUCAUCUCAAAUUAGUGAGGGAGGCAAGGUGUCCGGAAUUGAAUACCAGAGAACGCUAGAGAGGUUGAGACAGUGGGUUAUUCUUCAAAGCGAAGAGCAGGGCGAGGUGAAUGGCUGGACUAUGAAGCACUGUUAUAUUAAUGCGAUUGCUAUGUUGGAGCGGAUGUUCAGUGAGAUGUGCGGGGAAGAACAUGAUACAGGAUGUAAGAUUGGCAGGCUGGCGAUGAUGGUUUAUGACUGGAUCUGUUGCUUUGAGCCUGGACUGAGUGUUUUCCAGAGGAGAGAGCCAGUGGCAUUGGUACUGCUGGCUUAUUUCCUGGUGAUCAUGAAGAUCCAUGAUAAGGUGUGGUUUGCUCGAGGGUGGGCUGAACAUAUCAUUGGGGGCAUUGAGGAAUGCUUGGGUAAGGAGGAUCGUCGGUGGCUACAAUGGCCGAUGGAGACAAUCUUUGGCCUGGAUGAUUGUGCAACCAAAAAGACACAGUCAUCCUAGUGCAGUGCCAUAAUAGUAAUAGUUCACCUUGAAUGUAUCCCCCCAACCGCAACCCAAGCAGUGACUAUCGUCAACCAGAAAGCCUUUUCUCGCUCAAUUAUGCCCCGUUCACAACAGCUCCAACUUAUUCCCUGACUUCCUCCUCAAGGUCCUCCAGGGCUAAAAUGUGUUCACUGACCAUCGGCACCGAACUAUCAAGAAAGGUUUCGGAUGAGGUAAUUCGGGAUCAAUAACAAAACAACGCCACGAAGGGAGAGAAGACACCAUUCGGACAACAUGGCCGGACAUAGAGGUGCCAAAGAGGAAUACUAUUGUUGAAGUUGCUGCAAGCGAGGAC